UUGAACAUGACGCCGAGGACAACGUGGGCUCUCCUGCUGGGUGUCAUCCUGACGAUUCGAGGUGACUCGCAAGCUCAGGAGUGCGGAACGGCACCACUAAACUCGAGGAUAGUCGGAGGCGACGAUGCCCCGGCGGGCGCGUGGCCCUGGCAAGUCAGCAUGCACUGGAGGGGGGCUCACAUCUGCGGUGGGAACGUAAUCAGCCGGGAAUGGGUGCUCACGGCGGCCCACUGCAUUCCCAGCCUUGACCCUAGUCCUUGGCUCCUGUACUUUGGAAAACAAAAUCAGAGCACCACGAGUCCCAAUGAGGUCAACCGCACCGUGGCCCGGAUCAUCAUUCAUCCCGAUUACGACAAUGAGACCCUGCAAAACGACGUCACUCUCAUGAGGCUGAGCAGCCCCCUCGUUUUCAGCGACUACAUCCGACCCGUCUGCAUGGCGAGCAACUCCAGCGCUUUCAACAACGGCACCAGGUGCUGGGGCACCGGAUGGGGCAGACUGUCGGCUGACGAGCCAAAUGAGGCCUUUGAAAGGCUGCAAGAGGUUGAGAUUCCAAUCAUUGGAAACCGGCAAUGCGCCUGCAGCUACACCUUGGUGGAAAAUGUAAACGUCACCAGCAAUAUGAUAUGCGCCGGGGAGGAGAACAGAGGAAUAUGCCAGGGCGAUUCAGGUGGGCCGGUGCAAUGUCGGCAAGGAUCGACGUGGAUCCUGGCAGGCGUCGCCAGUUUUGGCGUGCCUUGCGCCCUCAGGUUUUUCCCUGAGGUCUUUGUUCGCGUGUCGUUUUACCAAAAUUGGAUUACUGCGCAAGCGGCGGGGGCCGAUAUUAGCUUUGUGACCUUCACCUCGACCGGUCCUGACCAAGACGACAAUUUCGUGUGCCCACUCACAGACACCUCGUCAGCGCCUCUUUCUAGUCUUAGCAUCUUGCUCUUCCUGCUGUGCAUUCAGGCUUUACAAGCGCAUUUAUAAUACCAAGUACCUCAUCAUAUGAUGGAAAAUUGUAAUUUGAAUUUCUCUACAACAUUUUAUCCCAGUGAUUCCAUUCCACACUCAUAUGAGCGAACAACCAAUCUCAAUAUGAACACUCAUAUUAAUGUCACUGUGAAGGUUCACAACAGUUCCCAUUUUAUUUUGAAUAACCAUUGAAUCAUAACUGCGCUGGUUACUUAGUGAGUCAUGGUCUUGAAAUAAAG